AUGCCCUCCCGCUCCGACAUCUUCUACUUCGGCGCCGGCCCCGCGCCGCUGCCCACCCAGGUGCUGGAGCGCGCCUCGUCGGCGCUGCUCAACUACGCGGACAAGGGCAUCGGCAUCUGCGAGAUCUCGCACCGCUCGCCCGAGGCCAACGCCAUCCUGGCCGACGCCAAGGCCGCCAUGACGCAGCUCUACGACAUCCCCGACGACUACGACAUCCUGUUCCUGCAGGGCGGCGGCAGCGGCGAGUUCAGCGCCGUGGUGCACAACCUGGUGGCCGUCUGGGUCGAGCGGCGGCGCGCGGCCAUCGCGGCGGAGCUGGGCGGCGAUGAGGACGAGGUGCUGGCGCGCCUGCGCACCGCGGUCGCCGACGAGCUGCGCGCCGACUACCUCGUCACGGGCUCGUGGUCGCUCAAGGCGUCGCAGGAGGCGGCGCGGCUGCUGGGCCCGCAGCACGUCAACGUCGCCGUCGACGCGCGCAAGGCGGCCGGCGCCGACGGCAAGUUCGGCCUCAUCCCGUCCGAGGCCGAGUGGGCGUUGACGCCGCGCGGCAGGCGGCCGGCGUACGUCUACUACUGCGACAACGAGACGGUGGACGGCGUCGAGAUGCCGGCGGGCUUCCCCGCCGCGCUCGAGGGCGACGACGCGCCGCCCGUGGUCGCCGACAUGUCGUCCAACUUCAUCAGCCGCCGGAUCGACGUGCGCAAGUACGGCGUCAUCUUCGGCGGCGCGCAGAAGAACAUUGGCAACGCCGGCGUGACCAUCGUCAUCGUCAAGAAGAGCCUGCUGUCGACGCGCGCCUCGCCCGAGCUGCUGCGCCAGCUCGGCCUGCCCAUCGCCCCCAUCGUCUUCGACUGGCCGACCAUCGCCAAGAAUAACUCGCUCUACAACACGCUGCCCAUCUUCGACGUCUGGGUCGCCGGCCAGGUCAUGCAGGGCCUGGUUCAGGCGUUCGGUGAGCGCAAGAUUGCCGGCCAGGAGGAGGUCGCCAACAAGAAGGCCGAGCUGCUGUACGGCGUGCUGGACAAGCACCCGGACGUGUACCGGGUUGUGCCCGAUAAGAGCGUCAGGAGCAGGAUGAACCUGUGCUUCAGGGUGUACGGCGGCGACGACGCCAAGGAGAAGGAGUUCCUGGCCGGCGCCGAGAAGAGGGGGCUGACCGGCCUCAAGGGCCACAGGAGCGUUGGUGGCAUCAGGGCUAGCAACUAUAACGCUGUGGCCCCCGAGGGCGCCCAGAAGCUGGCGCAGUACCUGGAGGAUUAUGCCAAGGGCCAGUAA